CAAAAUCUCUCUCAUCUCCUUCGAAAAGAUAGACGUACUUUGGGGAAGCAGGUGUAAAGAGAUCAAUCACAUAAAUUAAUUAGAAUUACAUCUUCAAAGUUACGUAGCCAUCAAAAUCUCCCUCUUGGAACACACACAUUGACCUUAACUGAGACAGGUGUAAAGAAUUAUGGGCGAAAUGGUGGAUGGACGUAAGCAAGAUGAAGGCGCAUUUGAGAAAAGGAUUCAUAUAAUGAAUGAUGAAGGUGAUGUUAUAAGCAUGUGCAUGACGAAGAACAACUCGACAACUUCCCAAUCUGAAUCCAAGGAUGACAAGAAUGGAGUCAACAAAACACCAGACGAGUGGCUUCCCAUCACCAGAUCAAGAAAAGGGAAUUCGUGGACCGCAACAUUCCACUUACUUUGCUCGGGAAUCGGAAUCCAAACUCUCUCUCUUCCCCUCGCCUUCGUAUACCUCGGCUGGUUUUGGGGGAUUCUGUGUUUGUGUGUGGCAUUUCUAUGGCAGCUUUACACCAUUGGGUUGUUAGUGAGUCUUCAUGAAAGCGUCCCGGGUACUCGUUACAGCCGAUACCUUCAACUUUCAAUUGUUGCUUUUGGUGAAAAGCUCGGGAAACUUUUUGCCCUAUUUCCGGUGAUGUAUCUUUCAACAGGCACGUGUGUGAUAUUCAUAAUCACAGGAGGUGGAGCGAUGAAAGAUUUCUAUCAACUCAUAUGUGACGAUUGCUCUUCCAACUUGACAACCACGGAAUGGUUCUUGGUUUUCAUUUCAUUAGCAAUUCUUGUCUCCCUGUUUUGUCCAGAUUUGCAUUCAGUAGCUUUGGUCUCAUUUAUUGGAGGGAUAAUGGCCAUUGGAUAUUGUACCACCUUAUGGGUAUUGUUCGUUGCUAAAGGAAGGGCAGACGACACUUCUUAUGAUCCAUCAAAAGUUGUUGCAUCAGAAGCCGGUCGAGCCCGAAGUAUCUUGAAUGCUCUUGGGAUCAUUGCCGUUUUAUUUAGAGGCCAUAACGUUGUGUUAGAGAUACAGGGUACAAUGCCAUCAACAUCAAAUCGUUCAUCAGCAAAGCUCAUGUGGAAAGGAGUGAUAGCUUCGUAUGUUAUUAUUGCAAUGUGUUUCUUCCCCCUUGCAAUUGUUGGAUAUUGGGCAUUCGGAAACAAGAUUCCAGCCGAUGGGGGAAUACUAACGGCACUCUCAACCACCCUCCACCACCACUCAUCAAAACCAGUGCUUGGUCUCAUAUAUGUGCAAGUUGUCAUAAGUUGUGUCGCUGCUUUCCAAAUUUACAGCAUGGUGGUCUACGAUAACAUAGAACGUGUGUAUGCAAGCAGAACGGGGAGGGAAUGCUCGAAGUUAACUCGUAUGGGAAUCAGGAUUUUGUUCGGAGGUUUGACCUUCUUUAUAUCAGUGGCGUUCCCGUUUCUACAAACGCUUGCACUAAUCAUCGGAGGGAUUGCACUGCAUUUAACAUUUGGGUACCCAUGUCUCAUGUGGAUUGCGAUCAAGAGACCACCAGUAAAAUCCGUAGGGUGGUGGUUUAAUCUUGGGCUUGGUUUCUUAGGGGUAGGGCUGAGUCUAUUGGUACUUGUUGGUGCGGUGUGGAACUUGGCUUGUAGAGGUUUAGAUGCCAACUUUUUCCAUCCACAUUGAUUUAGGUCUACUUUAGAUUAACUAAAAAACUAUUGAAUUUUUAAAUUUAGGUUCGGG